GUUGACGCAAGCAGGAUUUUUGUGCGCAUUUCUAGACCUGAUGUGGCCAAGUGUCCUCGGCCACCUUCGGCGCCAUGCUGCCCUUCCUGGCAGCAACCUCCGUGCAUUCUCAUCGGUUGUGUAUGCUGGCGUGGCGACGGCCUCUGCCGACAAGCUCGAUAUAGAGUGGACCGACGGCCUCCGCUCAUCGGUGGAUUUGUUCCACCUGCGAGCGUGGUGCACGUGUCCUCAAUGCGAGCACAGCACCGGGCAACGCCUCCUCAACAUCACCGACGCUCCACUGGCUCCCCGUGUCUCUUCCGUUCAAGUCGCACCCAAUAACGCUGGCGUGCACAUUGAAUGGGCCGCAUCUGGUCCUCAAACCGACCAGUCUCCUCCCCAUGCGACGUACCUUUCGUCGGCGGCGAUCCGCAAGUUGACCUCCGAUCCAACCACCGCCGCGUCGUUGACCCCUCCAACGUUAGCCUCAAAUGCCGCUGUGUCGUCCGUGGACUUUGCCGCGCUGUCGUCGGACGACGGCGUCCUCGCGCUCUGCGAGCACAUCCAUCGGGACGGCCUGGCCAUCGUGCGACAUGUUCCCAGCGUGCCAGGGACCGUCCGCGAUGUUGCCGAGCGCAUCGCUCCGAUCUCCCAUACCCAUCUCUAUGGAUCCGUGUUUGACGUCGUUGCCGAGCACAACCCAGUCAACAUUGCGUAUACGUCGGAGCGUCUCAAGCUGCAUUUGGACUUGGCAUACUACGAAUCCCCACCGGGUCUUCAGCUGCUGCAUGCCCUUCGAUACGACGCCACCGUCGAAGGCGGCAAUUCCACGUUUCGCGAUACAUUUGAUGCCGCCGAGACACUUCGACGCCGCCAUCCGGACCAUUUCAAGCUGUUGACACGUGUCCCCGCGACGUUUCAGAAGAUUCACAUCCACCGCACGACCCCAGCGAUUUUAGAGUACCAUCGGCCUCAUAUAGCACUGAACGACCAGAACGAGGUGACUGCGAUGUUUUGGAGUCCGCCGUUCGAAGGGGUGCCGACGCGCAUUCCGGCGGAGAAACUACCAGCGUAUUACGCGGCGUACCGGGCCUUGGACGAGAUCAUUCAGGAAAAUGUGAUCGAGUUCAAGUUGAAGCAAGGCGAGUUGGUCGUGUUCAAUCAACGCAGGUAAUAAUGAGAGAUACAGGGAGACUUUUAACGAAUGAGAGUGAGAUAUAGAGAGUGAGAUAUAAAAAGUGAGGGUGAUAUAGAGAGUGAGAGUGCAUUAUCAAUGGAUGUGGGUAGGAUGCUCCAUGGACGGGAAGCGUUCGAGUCCAAGUCGGACGGCGUGCGGCACCUCCAAGGGACGUAUGUCAACAUCGACGACUUCCUCUGCCGGUUCCAGUCGCUCCGCCAUCAACAUGACAAGGCAAACACAGUAGUAGUAGGCCAUACCCUUCGCGUAGGCAACCAGUCGCAUUGAGAAAGAUAUUGUCGAUUUGAUACAAAUUGGGGAGGGGGUGCAAUCGAAUUUCGCGAAACCCAUCCACAAUCGACCUGAUUGGUUGAAUUUCAUUGAGA